AAACAGUAUACUGUCAUUAGAGAACUAUAACAAAACUAAGCACAAGGCUGAGUCAGACAUAAAAAAUGAAUUUGUGAAAAUAAUUUGUAAGAAACAGAUGUGGGCUGUGAAUGACGUCAUGGUGAUGAGUUCUGGAUCUGCUCCGAUAAAAGUGGCCGCAACUCACCACUUUCCCAUCAAGCAUCAGGGAGGAAGACAUGCGGUACAUCUGGAGCGUUAAAUUCAUGAGACGAGAUGGCUAUGAAUGCAUCGAUCUCAGAAAGCGAUUCCUGCAACUACACUGCCACCUUACUACUGCUGAUGUCCACCCUACAGCCGCCAUACCUUGGUGUGAUCAGCUUCGUCGGCUUCCUGGGAAACAGUUUUGUGAUGGCUGUCUUCUGCCUUCAAAGAAAGAACUGCACUGCAGCAGAUGUUUAUUUAGGUAACAUGGCAGCUGCCGAUCUGGUCAUGAUGACCUGCCUCCCUUUCUGGGCUUUCACUAUCGCUCGUGGACACCAGUGGGUUUUUGGAGAAGUUCUCUGCAAGCUUGUCAAUGUUGCCAUAUACAUGAAUUACAUCUGCAGUAUAUUGUUCCUGACACUGGUUAGCUUGGACCGCUACCUUGCUCUGGUGAAGCCAAUGAGCCCCAGUCGUCUGAGGAGACCUUUGUGGGCCAAGCGCAUCUGCCUGGGGACCUGGAUGCUGGGAUUCCUUUUUUCAAUGCCCGUGUUACUAUUUCGCACAGUGAGAUAUGUACAAAAUGCCGAAGUAGAUGCAUGUAUCCUGGUUUACCCUCACCUGUCCUGGAGGGUGCAACACAACAUUUUCAUUAAUGUAUUUGGAUUUCUAAUACCUGUUAUGGUGCUAAGUUACUGCACCUGUCAUAUUGUGGCUGUUUUGAGUAAAAAUCAAGUCAGAGUUCUCCCUGGAAUGAGGACAGAGAGAAGAGCCACCCACUUGGUUCUAGCCGUGAUGGCUGUCUUUCUCUUCUGUUGGACACCACAUCAGGCGAUGCGCUUUCUGGACACUCUAGAAUACUUCCAAAUAACUUCUGGAUGCAUUUGGGGCUAUGUUCUUGACCUCGGCAUUCAGCUGUCUACUUAUUUGGCGUACAGUAAUAGUGCUGUUAACCCCUUCCUUUUUACCGUUGUGGGAAAGCAUUUCAGGAGAAGGGCAAAAGAGGUAUUUGUGAAAACUCUGAGCCAUUGGUCAAACGAUGUGACAACCAGCUUUACCUCAGUAAAAGUCAACGGAACACACAUGAAUAAAACUGUUGAGACCUUGACUGAAACAAAACAAACAGCACUCUUUGUGAGCGACAAGGAUAAGCCAGAAGGACUCGAUGGUUAUUAGACAAAGUUCAGCCCUUUUCACACCACUUUGUGUUUGUAGUGAGGGGCCCUGACCACGGAGUGGAGCAUUGCUGGCCGAUACGGCGUGGCAGAAGACUUCUACUUUGACGGUAGGGCGCCUUGAAUUGGAAAACCUUCUAUUCACGAGAGGUUGUGGCAUGACGUCAAACAAGCACAUCCAAGAAGAGAUGGGGCUGGCAUUGUGAUUUCGUGUUACUUUGAAGGGGCAGUGGGGAGGCCCCUCCUGAAGACAAGCAAUUUAGACCUUAAUGUUGACAACAAAUUUAGAUUGGUAUCUAAUUUACUUACUUUAGAAAAGCUAACUGGUUGUAUUAAUGCCAAGAAUGUCAUUGACAAAUUUUACUCUGGUUUUAGAGUGAACCACAUCACCAAGAUGGUACUUUUAUUGACCUUAGACUAAAUUAUGAUGCAAAAUAGUUGAGUGUUGGUUCUACUGGAUUUUAUACAGUAGACCACAAUAUUCUUUUAAGAUGCCUCAAACACAAAUGAUUCACAUCCUCAUAGACAGGACUUUUAUGUUACAUUUGGAUACCUGCCUCUCUAAGGCCCAUAAAAGUCACAUAUGGUAUGCCUCAGGGUUUGAUUUUAGACACAGUGCUUUUUAACCUAUGUUCCAUCUUGGUGAUGUCAUCAGGAAACAUAGAGUCAACUUUCACAGUUGUCUCCAAUGUCUCCGCAUAACACAAAGUCAACGGAUGCACUUUUUAACCAUAUUGUAGAUGUCAAAUCCUGAAUGAAAGGAAACUUUCUCAAGUUUAACUAAGAUAAAACUGAAGUCUGAGUCAUUGGUCUCAAGGCAGAAAUACUUUUACUUAAAUCACAAUUACCAUCUUUUAAUCCAUCCACACAAGUGGAAUCCCUGGGGAUGAUUUUAGAUUCUGGGCUGACUUUUUUCCACACAUCAAACAAAAUCGGUGCUGACCUCUUUCAGGACAUUACCAAAAUACCGUCCCAUUCUCUCUCAUGCCAACACAGAAAUGUUCAUGGAAGCUUUUAUGACUAGACCAGUUGAAUAGACAACUGUAAUGUCCUGUCUCUGUUCUUCUCCAAAAGAGUAUUUCAGUUUUAUAACUUUCACAAAAGUCUGCAGCAUGUAUCUUGGCGAAGAUCAAAAUUACACCACCCACGUUACAUUGGUUUUAAAAUCACUGCAUUGGUUCCCCAUGUGUUUUAGGCUCUAGGUUAAAGUGGGGGUUCAACCAAAAAUAUUAUUUACGAUAAUACGCAGCCCCACUAUUCUAAAAACGAUAUUCUGAUUAAUAUUAUGUUUGUGGAAUAUGAGUACAGCAAUACAAUCUACCCGAUUUUUUUCCACGUAAUGGGGCGGACAUUUUUGCCACUUGCUGGCGACUGAAAAUGACAUCACAGUUGCUCAAGGCUAAAGUAACAAGCAAUAUUGGCUCAGCUUCAGCAAACGGGUGGCAUGUGUGAUGGUAGGGAUUGGGGUUGGGUAAGUAAACCCGUAAUUUUAUGUUUGACUUUGUGGGGUGACGGCUGAGGCGCAAUCAUUUUAAGCACUUUGAGCUGCAAUUUCUGUAUGAAAGGUGCUCCAUUAAUAAAGUUUUGAUUGACUGAUUUUGGCUGACUUAUUUACAGGGAACAUCAUAAUAAAAUUUCAGAUGAGC